GGCAACCAACCACCUCAGGCUGCAGCUGCAUCCUCACUCUCCAGCAUGAAGGUCUCCGCAACCCUCCUGUGCCUGCUGCUCAUAGCUGCCACCCUCAGCACCCAGGUGCUCGCCCAGCCAGAUGCAGUUAAUCUCCCAGUCACCUGCUGCUAUACUUUCACGAGCAAGAAGGUCCCAUUCAAGAAGCUGGCGAGCUACGGAAGAGUCACCAGCAGCAAGUGUCCCAGAGAAGCUGUGAUUUUCAAGACCAAACUGGAUAGGGAGAUCUGUGCUGACCCCGAGGAGAAGUGGGUGCAGGACUAUAUGAAGCAAUUGGAUAAGAGAACUCCAACUCCGAAGCCUUGAACACUCACUGCCCAGAACUCCAGAGGAUAAUUUAUUGUCUUCUAUCAUUCCCUGUAUACCCUCUGAUAUUUUAUUAUAGUUAUAAAUAGUAUAUCUUUGUUUACUGAUGUAAAACACAAUAUCUUAAGUAAUGUUAAUGUUAUUUAAGUUAUUGAUGGUUUUAUUUUAUCUUCCAUGAAUACUAACAUUUGUUUGAGGAAGACUGGCUCUCCUCUGUGAACCUCAAUUCUGCCCCAGGAUGGUGCCAGGCACUGAUAAGGGCCAUUAGUGCAGUUUUGUUUUACAUUUUCAGGCAUUUUUGAAAGUGAUAAUGUAGAAAUGUUUGUAUUA